AUGAUACAACUAAACCCGAAUUUCACUGAUACCUCAGAACCUAAACCAGAAUGUGAGAAAAUUCCAGGUUUGGUCGAAUUUCAUCGCAUAUACGGAAUCAUUCACAUCUACUUAAUGCUAAUAUGGUGUCCCAUAGGAAUUAUUUCCAACAUUCUGAACAUUAUCGUCCUCAAUCAAAAACGAAUGCGAACGUCAACCAAUUUACUCCUAACCUGUCUGGCCGUUUCAGAUGCGAUCCUUAUGUCCCUCUACGUGAUAUUCAUAUCUUACUUUGUAAUUGGUGGUAAAAUGCGUUCCUGCCCUUAUCCCAUGGCAGUAUAUCUCCUAGUACAUGUAAAUCUACAAAACAUGCUGCAUAUAUUCUCGUGUGGAAUUAUCAUUACAGUCGCUGUUUUUCGGCUACUGUAUGCUAGAUGUAUUCUCAGGUGCCAACGACUUUGUAGUUUAAAGCGCGCCAAAAUCGCCGUACUAUUGGUUCUUCUAACAGCUUGUUUUCUUACUGUUCCCUGCAUGAUCUCACACCAGGUAGAGUCAGCGAGUUCUUAUCUUGGUCCUGGUGACUAUGAUUUGGUCGUGAUCCAAGACACAAACUUAACACAAAUGUAUACAAUCAAUUAUGUGGAGAAUAUAAUGCUCCGAACACUCGUAUAUUGGUCCACGGCUAUUUUUGUAAAGCUGAUUCCCUGUGUCUCCAUGAUCACACUCUCCUCCCUCCUUGUAAUGAGCAUUCAUCAACGCGCACAAGCGCACAGACAAUCUUUGGAAAGAAGGAAAAGAAUGGAGAAGCCCAACGGUGCGGACGGACCGACAACCGCAGUCAUUAAAAAUGAGAACGAAUGCAGUGAGGUUGUUGGAAAUCCAAUUGAACGGGUGAAGCACAUUGAUCGAGUGAAGGAGAAAACUCACAGCCGAGCUACAAAUACCUUGUUGGCUAUCAUGUUGAUAUACAUUGUCACUUAUCUACCGCAGGCAAUUCUUCUGCUUGUGAGUGGCUUCAGCGGUUACUGCUUCUCUGAAACGGUGUACGACCCACUGGGCGACUUCAUGGAUAUGCUUACUCUUCUAAGUUGUGGUGUUAACUUUGCUCUCUACUGCCUUACCUCACAACAAUUUCGAACCACCUUUCUGCAACUCUUCUGUCAAACCAGUUCAUGGCGCAAAAAUGCUCUUUCUAGGUUAACUUCCUGGUAG